AUCGAGGGAAUUUUUAUCGUUAUUUUGUUUCCUGACUUCAGCCGCGUUCCUCCAUGUUUAUUUGUCAGUUGUUUAUGUGAAGUGUGUGGUGUGAAUGUGAAUGUUUUUUAUAAACUCAAGUUGACAUGUGAUCGUGUGUUUAUAAUCGUCAAUAUUAGUUGUAUUACGGAGAAUAGUUAAACAUUAAGGUGUCUUUGUGUUUGCCGUGGUCGCGAUGAAGUUGGAGGGAGUGUGUUUCUGCGUAGGGCUAUGCAUAGUCUCGAUGGGCGUGAACGCUCAAUUCGAGUGGCAGCCCCGUGAUGCGUUUGACGAGAUUAGGGUGAAAAUAGACAAAGUUACCGCUGACAACUGCCCCAUACAACAUCUCGGGGAUUUAUAUCUGCCUGAAGAUUCUGUUUCCCACCGUCCAGAUAUCAAAGACAUCACCAUAAAUCCCGUAUUUCCGAACAGGACUGCUAUGGUACACCUGCAUAACAUGGCAAUGACCCGAUCGUUUUUUUGGAGUUACAUUCUUCAAGCUCGAUUUAUACGUCCCGCAAUAAACGACACGUAUGACCCUGGAAUGAUGUAUUAUUUUCUGUCUACUGUUGCAGAUGUUUCAGCCAACCCGUAUAUAAACGCUAGUGCUAUAUAUUUUGCACCUAACUCCUCAUACUCACCAUCGUACAGAGGAUUUUUCAAUAAAACUAUGCCCUUGUUUGCACCGCGAACAUUUCGAGCUGAUGACUUCAAUGACCCUAUUCAUCUGGAGCGGAUAUCUACACUCAAUACGUUCAUUGUUCGAGAUCUCGGUGCUGUGCCAAAGGACAGCCUGAGCUUGGAUUAUACAUCAGAAUUCUAUCGGAUCAAUGAGUGGUAUAAAUUCUGGCUACCUGACAAUGUUGACCGACGACAUGACACCAAGACAACCUAUCAGGUGGAGAUCCGGUACGCGAACAACACAAACGAGACAUUCACGUUUCACGGCCCACCAGGUGUUGAUGAGAAUCCGGGUCCAGUGAAAUGGACUCGCCCAUAUUUUGACUGUGGUCGUUCCAACAAAUGGCUAGUGGCUGCAGUGGUGCCGAUAGCCGACAUUUAUCCUCGCCACACUAGCUUCCGUCACAUUGAAUAUCCAACGUACACAGCUGUCUCGGUGUUGGAAAUGGAUUUUGAUAGGAUAGACAUAAAUCAGUGUCCAAAAGGAAAAGGGAACAGUGGACCAAAUAGAUUUGCAGACACAGCUCGCUGCAAAAAAGAAACCACUGAAUGUGAGCCCCUUAACGGCUGGGGCUUCCGGCGAGGUGGCUACCAGUGCCGCUGCAACCCCGGCUGGAGGCUGCCUACGAUGGUGCGGCGGCCUUUCCUCGGGGAGAUCAUAGAGCGGGCGAACGUGGAGCAGUACUACAAUGGCUUCGACUGCCAGAAGAUUGGCUGGGUGCACAAGAUGCCAGUGGAAUGGCAGAGAGCAAAAUCGUACAUGAAGGAAAUGUAUCUGGACAGGUUCUACGAGUAUCGCAACUACACUGAAGGACCCUCGUCACUUUUCAUGAAGAAGUUGAAUGUAGACCAAGCUCUGAAGUUUAUACUGGGUGUCAAUGAGAAAACAUGCAAACGGUAUCAUCCACAAGACUUGGUUCUCUUUGGUGACAUUUCGUUUGGGGCGGAAAAGCAAUUUGAAAAUGAAGCAAAAAUGGCAGUUAGGCUUGCAAACUUCAUCAGUGCAUUUUUGCAGAUCGCAGAUCCCAAGGAGGUCUACUCUGGGAAACGUGUCCCGGACCGUCCCCUGUCUGAAGAUCAGAUGAUUGGCGAGACGCUAGCACUUGUUCUCGGAGAUUCCAAGAUUUGGUCCGCUGGGAUGUACUGGGAGCGUAACAAGUUCACCAACCGAACAUUGUUUGCACCUUAUGCUUAUAAGAAGGAGGUUGGCACUCGAAAACUGAAUGUGGAAGAUCUGGCCCGUCUCAACAAAACAGAGGAACUAUACACGAACAAGGAAUUUUUCCAAUUUCUGAAGCAACGGUGGUCAACUAACUUUGAUUCUUUGGAGAAAUUUUACAUGAAGAUAAAAAUACGAUUCAAUGAAACAGGAGAAACAAUGAAGAAAUAUGAACACUAUCCAAAUUUCUACCGGGCUGCCAACUUGGACCACGGCUACUGGACGAGACCUUAUUUUGACUGCGAUGGAAAAGUCAAGAAAUGGCUCAUCACCUACGCUGCACCAUUUUUUGGCUGGGACAGUCUGAAAGUCAAACUGGAGUUCAAGGGUGUGAUAGCCGUGGACAUGAACAUAUUGCAGUUGGAUAUCAAUCAGUGUCCUGACAAGUACUAUGUCCCCAAUGCCUUCAAGGACACCCACAAAUGUGAUGAGAAAACAUCCUACUGCGUGCCGAUCCAGGGACGAGGUUUCGAGCUGGGAGGAUACAAGUGCGAGUGUCUGCAAGGCUAUGAGUAUCCGUUUGAAGACCCCAUCACGUAUUUUGACGGCCAGUUGGUGGAAGCAGAGUUCAGCAACAUUGUGAAUGACAAGCCUACCAGGUACGAUAUGUUCAAAUGUCGCCUAGCUGGAGCGGCGAGCAUCCAGGCCAGUUUCGUCACGCUCUUCGCCCUGUUGGCGCUAGUGAAGCUUGUGUUUCUGUAGGGUGUGGCGGAGUGUUGAAGGUAGGCUGGUGUAAGACAGUGGGUGCUGGCUCUUCCCAGCUGAAGUUCAAGUAAGUGGAACAUACUGUCGGUUAACAAACUCUGUGCCUUUGAUUAAUAGUAUUGGCCACUCAUGAAAUGUAGGGAAGCAUGCAGCAGUUGCAUAGCCAGAAACCUAGGUUAAGGUGGAAACUUAUUUCUAAGUCAGCUGAACAAAAUUCUCAACCUGCCAUUAGUUCUCGAAAAUGCAGUCAAUAAUAAAAUAAAAUAAUUAUUGAUAUUAAUAGAAAAAGUAAAUAAAAAAUUAUUUUAUGAAAUUAUGAAAGUAUUUGAUACUUCAGACAUUCUAAUGUCAACCUACAUGUAAUCCUGCUGUUUUUGUAUUUUUUGUUAUACAAACUUUUACAUUCCAUAUUACCUAACUAUUUUAUGGCUUCAGUUGCGUGUUCUUUAAAGGUCUUUGAAUCAUGUUUCACUGUUACUUGGUCGCACUGACUUAGUAUUAAAAAAAUACUCAAUCUUCAUUAUCAUGGUAGUUUUUUGUGAAACAAUAUCCAAAUUUGCCAAUAUGAAAACUUUUUUUUUUUACUGUUUACGAGAUAAAUGAUACAAUAGUGUGUAUUGUUUAUGAUGUGUUUUUGGUGUACAAUUCCAUUCAAAUAAGAGCCUGACAUCAGCUUUCAUUGGCAUUUUACCUAUUUUUAGUUUUAGUAGUAAAGAUGUCUGCUGGUUGCAGCCAACAUUCUUUUGGUUAAAAACAUCCUCACAUGUAAUCUCUUUUUAAGCAUUUUGUAUUGUUAUAUUUCCUGCUUGCAGUUGUAUUUCUGUUGGACACAUGACAUGUUCCACCUCUACUGUCGUUGACCUGCAGUAAAUGUUCAAUAAUGUUCUUCUGUAAGCCAGAAAAUCCCAUUAAGAAUGCUCUGCACUAGUAUGCUCUCCUUAUGGCUCGAUUUCACCAGAAAUGUUGGUUUUUUUUUUUCUUUUCUAAUUACAGCUUUUUACAAAGAAGUAUUUAAAAAAUGGGACUACGAAAGUAUAGUUCUAGGCAUUACCCUAGUGGAAACUCAGAAUAUUAACUCGUAGUGAAUGACCGGGAGUCAAUUUGUAAGGAAAAAAAUUUAAUUAUGAUAUUUGCCCAAAUUUGUAUACAUUAGAUAUGUCAAAGUAAAAUAAUUUUGUAAUGUAGAAGUUUUUUAAAAGUAUGUUUUGAUCUGGUUAAAAUACAAUGCACACUUUUCUGGUGUCUUUGGGCAUUAAUUUAAGAUUUUUAAGUAGAAAUUUUUAGACUGGUGUUGCUACAAAUGUUUUAUAGAAAUUUUAGUCUAAUUUUCGCACAAAAAAUUCUCACUCUAUUUACUCUCCCAAAAUCCUCCACCUAUGUAGUGCUGGAAAUAUUAUAACAGUUUUGCACAUUUUACUGGAUGAACUCCAAACUAGGGACAGCAAAAGACAGAAUAAUGAUAGCAGCUGCCAUGUAUCGUCCUUAAAGGCCGUAUCGACGUGGACACAUACGGUGUGCAGAGCUUCAGAAAAAAAAACACAUGGUUUAUAAUUUGUUCACGAUAUCUGAGUGGUGUUGGUUUUUAAGAAUACGCAGAGGUCUGAUAAGUAGUUCUGUUUAUGUAUUUUGUUUUGAAAACGUAUUUUUAGGACAGUGAAACUGCCUAAACAUGUGUUUGCAGAGUAAUAUUGGGGUAUCAAAGUCCCGGUGAAGAUUCUUGAACCCACGCUAGAUACUUGCAAAAUAUCUUAAUCUCUUUUCUAAGUCAUAAAAUGGUAUGGUUACCACCCAGAUCUCAUAGUUGGGCUAUGCCUGAUGUGAAGCCUACACGCAACCGUCGCACUUAUCAUUACUCCAAGCUGUUAAUACUACUGCCAGGUCCAUGUUGCGUGAUUCCCUGCUUGUGGCAAACCACCUUAAAACUCAGGUCUCAGUUCUCCCCUCUCCCCCCCCCCCCCCCCCAUCACCCCUUUUGAAUUUUGUGACCAUUUUUUGUACCCACCACUUCAUGCAGCUUGUCUAUUCAUUUGACUUGUCUGUAGUUCUUUUUGAAGUUAUACUUCUAAUGCGACUUCCAACAAGGUUGUGUUAAACGUUUAACGCUCCUGGGGAGGGGGAAUAGAAAGAGAGAGAGAGUGAAUGCUAUUGUAAGGAACUAAGUAGAGAGUAAGAAAAAAAUAAAGAUCCUGACAGUUUGUAGUGUCACCAUAUUUGUUUCAAUUUUCAAUACCCUUUUUGUAUAUUACAAUUUAAAUUACAGAAAAAAAUCAUGUUUCAUAGACAUAAAUAGUGAGUGUGUGUCAUUUCUCUAUGUCCACGAGGUCUCGCCGCGUCAAUUUUCUCCUUGGGGUGAACCCGUCCACUUAAUUAAAUAAACAGCUUUUAUUGUUGAAUGAUUUCAUGAUUUAUUUCAUGAAAAUCUGCUCUCAUAAAAAAGUUAGUUUUAUAGACAUUCAAUAGGUGUCUCUUUCUCUCUGAAAAUCAAUCUAUGAAUUGUUACAAAUUUAUUUCCUUUAUUUUUUUAGUUUGAUUUGAUACAAUAUGAUUUCACUAAAAAUCAAUUUCUACCCCUUCCUAUUUUCAUUUCCACAUUACGAAGUUUCAUUUCUUCCGUGCGGAGGGACUCCACGCACUAUUUUUGCAUGCAAUUAAAAACUAUUUUUUAAUGAUGCCAAAGAAGUAUAACUUCUCACGUGCGUACUUAUGUACACACACCCAUUUUUUUAUAUUGGUAAAUUUGGAGUGUGUUAAAAAGAGGAAAGGGAAAUGGAACAGCAUUUGUGACCAAAUAAUACAGGUCCGCGUUAAUUUGUUAAAGUUAUGUUUCAUUAUUGCUAUAUUGUUACAAGAAUUUGUUUAUAAACUUAGUGAUUCUCAACUGUCCUUUCUAUAUUUUGCUCAAGACAAUCAAGAAUUCCAUUUAUUAACUUUGAAACAUUCCAUGAGUUAGUAUUACAUGAAACUGAAGAUUUGGAUGUUCAUUGGUGGAUAUUUUUAAAGUUGAAUGGUUCAACCAUAUGUGUUUUUUUUUUUACUAUGAUAAUGGUCAAUUGAAAUAUUUAUACUAUCAUAUUGUCAUAUUUUACAUAAAAAUUAGUGUAGCAUUAUCAAUACAAUAAAUAAAUUAUGGUAAUGUUAGAUUUGUUGAAAUGCGCACUGAAAUAGUACAAAAUUAGUUGUACAUUUAAGGACUUGAGUAUAACAUGUAAGUUGGUUUAACAUUACCAUUGGUCAUAAAUGUUUGUUGUUUUGUGUGUUGUUAACUGAAAUGUCAUUCUGUGGUAAUAAUAAGAAACUAAUGGUAAAGAAAAACAUAUUUUUAUACAGUGUUUCAUUCCACGCACAAUACAUUUAUGAAAAAAAUUCAUUCCAAAAGCUGCUUUUGUGGAUAACCUGUAGCUUCAAUAACUGCAUGUUAAUGUUUUUAAAAUAGUCUUUCAUAUUAGGUUUGAUUUUAGUGACUUGUAUUUAUGUGAUCUGUCUGCACAAAUGUGUUAAGUUAAUAGACAUUUUUUCUCAGGUUUAUAGAAUUUAAGUAGGUACAUUACAUUUUAGUAUUUGAAUGAAAUUAAGUUUAUCAAAUGUUUGAAUCAUAGUGUUUUACAUUACUGCCUUAGCAUUUAUUUAUCCGUCCAAACAAGGUAAAGGAUAUUUUGGGAGAAAAAUCUCACUUACGUGUGUUAGAUAGCAACCAUAUAUUUUAUAAUUUUAGUUUAUAGUAAAAGUAAAGUAUUUUUUAUUUUUAUUUGAUGUUAAAAACUUUACAAAUACAUAUUAGUAGAAUAUGUAUAGACAGAUUUUUUUGUACUUUGUCAGUAGUAAUGUUAGAGCAUAAUUAUCUUUACAAUAUUUGUUUGAUAAUGGACAACUAAUGUAUUUUAUGAGUAUUCCAUGAGUUGAUCACAUUUUGUUUCACUACUUUAACAUUAAGUUUAUUUUAUUUUAAAAAAAGUAAACAUGAUGUAUUAAAUAUGUUACAUUUAUCGCUGAAAUAUGCAAUUUUUUAAUGAUUAAUUACAUAUACAGGUAUUGCCACCACUAAACAUCAUUCAUUCUCUGCUGCUUAAAUAUUUUUUUUACUAAGGAAAUUUUUUAUCUGUAUUAUGUUUUAAAGCUCUUUAUAAAUUUUGGCCGCAAAUGUAGGUUAAAAUUACAGGUAAUUUUUAAGUUUACAUAUAGAUGUAUAUACCAUAAAAAUGUAAUUGUAUUUGUAAUUAAAUUUACAAUUUUACUAUUGUAACAAAGAGGUUUUGAAUUAUAAUUGUAAGGGGUUAGUUUAAUAUCAAACAAUAAAAACUCAAGCUGAUACACAAUAGCAUAUGGUAACUUUCUUUGGGGGAAACAAUGACUUAACUCGUAAACAAAAAUAAUCAAAUCAUUACGGUAGAGCUGCAAGAGGAUAUACGACAUUACUACGUACUAUUAUUUCUGAAGGAACCUCAUAGUUAGUUCCCUCCCCGUACAUGGAGUUCUAGAGGUAUGACUAUUUACUACUCGUAAAGGUUUAAAUUAAAGAAUUAAUCUAAAUAAUUUAAAACUUCAUUCUAUAAAAAUAAACAUUUAUUAUAAUUAUUUAAGGUGUCAACAUUCAUUACAUUAUAAUAUAAUUAUAGACUCAUUACCAGAACAGGCAGGAGCCUGCCCAGUAAGCCCAGAGCUCACUAACUCUUCCUUAAAAACCCUCGCCUACUCCUCCUACUUUCCAAGACGUUUCGGCCCAGCCGACCCCAAAUUUUGCAAUCAGGGUACAAACUAGGUGGGUAGACCCCACGUCGCUCACGCUGCGAGGGUCACUGCCCUAAGUUUCGCCACACAGCGACGCAGAAACGUCAGCACGAGGCACGCGGGACGCACGUACUGGCUCACACCACAUAUCGGUACGUGCGACGCCAGCACAACCGCAGCCCGGGCCUGCCAUAUGUUCCCGUUACCGAGUUGUGCAGCUGUGGCAACCCACACAAGAGCCUGCACCAAGUAAGAGAGAAUUUUAAAGACUACUACGCCAAAAAAUUCAGGAACGCGACACUUGUUAGUCAAUGUGUAUCCUGUAAAAUGAACUUAAAUACUAUAGUUAAUGAUUGUGUGUUGGUUUUUUACUUGCCAGUUUUUUUUAAAAAAAUAUAUAUAACUUGGAAAAGAAAAAUAUUUGCAGAUAAAUAUAAAGCUCAUUAAAUACAUUGUGUUAAUAGUAUGCUCAUAGAAAAAAAAAUGUUAGUGUUAAAGUUAGUGGCACAAAAUGUGGUUGAUUCCCUAUCAUUUAAAUUUAAUUGGAGUGUAAAUAGCAUGACAUCUAAAUUCUUUUGGCCCUUGCAAACAUUGUUGUACAUGACUACUCAUUGAAGGUUUGUACCUAGCAUUUAGCAUUCUGUAUUAAAUAUCUUCUGUAACAUGAACUUGCUGUUAUAAAUCUAACACCACAGUACAGUUAAGAAAAAAAAAGACUGACCAGUCAGAUUAUUUGUGUGUACAUUCCCAAAUGCUGUCACAUCUUGUAACCUUGUGAUGGGGUUCAGAAAUGUUUUAAUCAGGAAAGAAAAAAUUACAGAUAAUUUUUGUACCUACUGUAUUUAUUCUUGUUGGUGUGAGAGUGGAUUCUUGUUUGGUUUUACAGUUUUACUUAACACAGCACAAUUCCAGUGUAUGUAAAAGAUUGGUUUUUCUAAAAGAGUGGUUACAUAUAUUGAAUACAACUUGUUAGCUAACAAGUAAAUAUUUUAAGUGUUCUUUUUUGCUUCAAUUGAUAACAUAAAUUUGUUUUUAAAAUUGUUAAAUGCUUUGAGUUAUAUAUCAAUGAAAUUGCUUUAUGUAGAUAUGCUAUGCUUUAGCUUAUUUACAAUGUUUUGUAAAUGAAAGUAAGUAUCAUUUUUAUUUCAAGUGUAAUACUGUUGAUGAAGUAUCAUGUAAACCAUGUUGAUUGUGAACUGUGAAAAGAAAUGUGAUUAAAUUUACAGCCUUUUAAGUGGCAUAUUAUUUU